UGAAAAGGGUCACUUUUCCCUUUCACCUUGUGCUGAGUGAGGGACAGCGGCGGGCUGCCUGCCGGUCGGACAGAAGGGAAGACACGGCGCUAAUCCCUCCGAAAGGUCCUCACGGAGAUGGCCCGUGCAGGUUUGUGUUGUGCCAGCCUGGAGGUGCCCCACACCCUGAUGAAGAUGGGUCUGUGGAUGCUCCUCCUGGGUCACGUGAACUUCCUGCUGGGCGCGCUGAUGCACGGCGUGGUGCUCCGACACGUCGCCAACGACGAGCAGGCCGGGGCCACGGAGUACACCGUCGCCAACGUGGUCGCCCUCGCCUCGGGCCUCGUGGGAAUCGUUGGCGGCGUUGUGGCUAUCGUCCUGUCUAAAAACAAGAAGAGCAGAGGCCUGACCUGGUCUCUGUUGUCGGUCGGCCUGGCGGCGGCGCUCACGGCGGCGGCCUCGGCCGUCGGACUGUCCGUGUCCGCGGUGAGCGCCGUGGUUCGCGGGGGGCGGAACUUCGUGACCCACUGCCGCUUCCCCGACGCCGUCGGCUACUUCAGCAUCACGGGGGAGUGUCCUUUUGACCCCACGCGGAUCUACAGCACCACUCUGAUCCUCUGGGUGCCUCUGAUCCUGACCUGUGUCAUCCAGAUGGUGUUCUCCGCCCGGUGCUUCGCGGUCUGUGUUUCGUUCCUGGGUCUAACCUGCUGCCGCAACAGGAAGACAACCAGGGACUUGAGACAAGCGAUCAAUGUGGUGAGGCCGAUGAAGGAAGCUGCUCCUUCUCGCCACACAGAAGCUCCAAAACACCACACAGAAGCUCCAACGCAUCACACUGAAGCUCCAACGCGUCACCCUGAAGCUCCAACGCAUCACCCUGAAGCUCCAACGCGUCACCCUGAAGCUCCAACGCGCCGUACUGAAGCUCCAACGCGUCACACAGAAGCUCCAACGCGUCACCCUGAAGCUCCAACGCAACACACUAAAGCUCCAACGCGUCACCCUGAAGCUCCAACGCGUCACCCUGAAGCUCCAACGGGUCACACUGAAGCUCCAACGGGUCACACUGAAGCUCCAACGCGUCACCCUGAAGCUCCAACGCGUCACACUGAAGCUCCAACGCGUCACACUGAAGCUCCAACGCGUCACCCUGAAGCUCCAACGGGUCACCCUGAAGCUCCAACGCGUCACCCUGAAGCUCCAACGCGUCACCCUGAAGCUCCAACGGGUCACCCUGAAGCUCCAACGCGCCGCACUCAACCUCCUCUAAGGUGCCGCUCUGAACCUCUGAGUGGUCACCGCGACCCUCGGACGAGGCAGCACAGACCUGCUGCCCGGCCACAGCUUCCCCCCCAUCAGCACCGGAGUCUCCCUCCCUCCGAGCGAGGGAGCCCGCAAAGGGCCCCGGAGCGGCACCGGCCGCUGCGAGGGGGGGCCGCGCUGGAAAGGUCCGGCUUCUGGAUUUAGAGCGUCGAGCUGCCCUACUUGGAUGGACUGGAUGUUGUAAUUAGCAGCGGCUCGGGUUAGUCGCGCAGGGGACCAGUUUUUUAGCGCGUCUGUCCAUGUAUUUAUGUUCUGACGAGGGUCACAUGGUUCCUGUUGGCUGCGUGAGACAAAAUCGUUCAGAGUUGACAGAAUAGUUUUGCACAGAGGCAGAUUGAUUGAUCUCACAGUGACAACUAGCUUAAUUUAGCUUCGCAUGACGACUAGAAGCAGGAGGAAACAUCUAGGCUGCAAUUUCAAGGUUUAUUUGUGUUUAUUUAUUCUGUUCAGAGGGUCCCGAUCAAUAGCCAAAAGCAGAAGUGUGAUAACGACGCGUUGUAACGUUUUACUGUGAGGUUACCGCGUACGUUCGCGUUGUCAUGGUGACGGCGGUCGCUCUCCCGUGUCCAGGGUCCCGUGUUGUUGGUAUGACGCGUGGAGGGAACACGGCUGACCCGUCAGUGGAGACGUGUGUGACGUACAAGCUUUUAUCUGUCUGGGUGAAGGAUGGAGUCUCUUCUUUUAUUAUGCUACUGCAAGUCGACAAGUAAAUAAAGUAUUUAUUAAGUUUUGCCUCCAUGUGUGUGUUUGGU